AAAAACUUCUUGAAAAUCAAAACGGUAACCUCAUUGCCUCAAACCUCUUUACAACCCAAAACCCCCUAUUCUUUUCUUCCGUCACAUAACUAUCAAUACUGAAAGUGUCAAGUGUCACAUCAAACAACGUUUUAGGAAAUGGAAAAUUAAUAAGUUAAUAUUAUUAUUGAAAAGGAAAGUGAUAAAAACGGGCAACAUGAGGUUCAUGGACAAAUUACCGACGGUUAUAAGCUGUUGCUUCUGUUGUUUCUUAAGAGCUGGGACUGUUAUGAUAGCGGUUUUCUCAUUUAUUGUAGGAGUUCUAUUCGCACCAAAUGUAAGUCACUCGCACGGCUACUGGGAUAUGAACCCGGUACUCUCGAACUACGGCUCGCUGACGGAGACCACAGCUCAAACGACAUUGGGGAUAGCUUCAAUAAUGCUGUGUACUGUCAGCGUUUUGUUAAUGAUCGGAGCUUGCUGUAAUAUUCCCAUAUUAAUAGAGAUAUAUCAAUGGGGCGCCAUCUUGUACAGUUGCACCGUGGUUCUCAUGUUCUUCAUAUUGGCUGUGUUCUGUUUCUUCGUGCAUACAAACUGUAUGAUAGCUGGCGGCGUCCUGUGUAUAUUAAUUAUAUGCGAUGUUUUGUUGACAGUGUACUUCAUAAUAGUGACAAACAGUCUCAGGAUGUCACUGCAGUUCCUGUCGAGUAGUGACAUAGUGAUUUGAGUAGGUUUAGACCCCAAAUUAGUUUUGUGUUUUGUGAGUAAAGUUUUGGAAACUAA